GUUCGCCGCGGGCCGCCCCGGGAGGGGAGUCGACGGCGACCCACGUGACCCCGGACCAUGCAGGACGACAAGCAGCCGCCGUGCAGCGUCGAGGAGUCGGACGUCCUGGGCAGGUACCUGGUGGCGAGCCGCGACGUGGCCGCCGGAGAGCUGCUGCUGAGGGAGGCGCCCCUCGCCGUCGGACCGCGCGCCGACGCGGCGCCCGUGUGCCUCGCCUGCUACCGGCCGCUGCCCCUGCGAGGCGACCGUCUGCGCUGCUCCCGGUGCGGCGUCGUCCCGCUCUGCGACGCCCGCUGCGAGAGGGGCGGCGGGCACACGGAGGCGGAGUGCUCGGCGCUGGCGGCGCGCGGCGCGCCCAGAGGCCUGCUGGACUGCAGCCAGCUCGUGCUGCCGCUCCGCUGCCUGCUGCUGAGGCAGGCGCCGCCGCCGGACGCCUGGAGGUGGGACGCCCUGCUGGGCAUGGAGGCGCACCUGGGGCGGCGGCGAGGCACCGCCGUCUGGAGGAGCCACCAGGCCGUCGUCGACAAGGCGCUGCAGGCCGCCGGGUUCGCGGGCCCCGACGACGGCGAGCUGGUGCAGCGGCUGUGCGGGGUGCUGGACGUGAACUGCUUCGAGGUGCGCUCCCCGGGGGCGGCGCCCCAGGAGGCGCUGCGCCUGCGCGCCGUGUACCCGCGCGCCGCCCUCAUGGCGCACGACUGCGUGGCCAACACGCACCUCGCCGUCGACGACCGCUUCACGCUCGCCGUGCACGCCAGCGUGGCCGUGCCCCGCGGCGCGCCGCUCUUCUUCAACUACGCCGCCACCUUGCAGGGCACGGCCGAGCGACGCGAGCACCUACGCGAGGGCAAGUACUUCGAGUGCCGCUGCGCGCGCUGCCGCGACCCCUCCGAGCUGGGCACGCACCUCAGCUCGCUGCUGUGCCACCGCUGCCCCCAUGGUGAGGAGGCGGGCAUGGUGACGGCCGUCGACCCCUUGGAGCGCGACGGCGACUGGCGCUGCGGCCGCUGCGGGGCCGACUACCGCCCGGGGCUCGUGAGGACCGCCGUCGCGCGCGCCGUGGACUUGGUGGAGGACGUCGACCGAGGCAGCGCCCGGGACAUGGAGGCGCUGCUGGCGCGCCUGUCGCGCUCCCUGGCGCCGCACCACCACGCGCUGCUCGAGCUGAAGCAGAGCCUGGUGGCCGCGUACCGCGACGACCCCAGCCCCGGCAGGAGGGCGCUCGCCAGGAAGGUCGAGCUGUGCCGCGACCUGCUGCCCGUCGUCAAGGCGCUGGAGCCGGGCAUCUCGCGCCUCGCCGGCAUCACGCUGUACGAGCUGCAGGGCCCGCUGGCGCGGCUCGCGACCAAGCAGUUCCAGGGCGGCGACGUGGACAGCGACGGACUGCUGGCCACGCUGCGCGAGGCCGAGGCGUUGCUGCGCGAGGCGCUGGGCCACCUGGUGUACGAGCCGCAUGCCAGCCCCGAGGGCGCCCUGGCCCGCGCGGCCAUGAGCGAGCUCCGCGCGCUCCGCGCCAGCGCGCAAGAGGUGGAGCACGCUCAGGAGCACGCCGCCGCCCUAGCGGCCGUCGGGGGCCGCUCCCGCCCGCGUCGCCGAUGCCGCGACAAGUAGCGCUGCCGUGCCGUGCUCCUUCACGCCGUUCUACGUCGGGAAGCCAACAAACUCACGUAGUUUCGGUUCCCUGCAAGAAUUUUUCCGAAGUUUUGCGUUCUGGUAUUAACGCCACACUUCAGCCGCUAAAUCAGGAGUUUCCAAUGGAAAACAAGCAUGUUGUAACUGACCUGACCCAACCCAACCUAACCCUUCGAUUUUUUUUUUUAAUUUAAAUUUUUUCGAGAGAAAUCCGAAGCUGCACGAACGUUGGUAGGGAACCGGAACUACGCGAGUUGUAGGCUUCCCGUUUUUACAUCCGAGCCCGUGAGGUCGUCUUGCAACUUAAGACUAGCUCCACCGUUUAAGAAAACUAAAUAUAACAACCAAAAGGUUCAACACCACCCUCACCUCACGAAACAUUUACUGUACUGUUAUACUAUCAAAUUAAUUCAACACUACUGUUGAUCCAAUGUAACUUACAAAUUUUUUUUAAGAGAUUAAUGUUAAUAUACAGUACUUCUGGACACUGUUUUACAUCUGAGCCGUGAAGUCGUCUUGCAACCUAAGACUAGCUCCACCAUGUAAGAAAACUAAAUAUAAAAACUGAAAGGUUCAACGCCACCCUUACCUCACGAAACAUGUACUGUACUAUUAUACGUAUUAUCAAAUUAAAUCAAUACUACUGUUGAUGAAAUGUAACUUAAAUUUUUUUUUUUUUAAAGAGAUUAAUGUGAAUAUACAGUACAGUGAAAAUGUUAUGGGUAAGAAACUGGUUAUUUGUAGAAACUAUUCUUCUUAAUUGUAAAUUAUAAACGAGUUCCUACUACUAAACGUUAAUAAAAAUGUAUUUGAAUAAGAUUACAAUUGUGGUUUUCUUUAUUGUGUAAAAAGUGCCGCAUAUUAAGUUUUAGUACCCAGCUCUUCCAAGAUGAAAAUUGACUUUAAGAAUUUUGAAAGACUUCCAGUAAAUGAACAUAAUUCUGAAUCUGAUAAUUGAAAAGUAUUUGUCCAGAAUAUUUAUCAUUGAAAAAUUUGGUAAACAAAAGAAAGCAAUUAAUGGUUUAAUUCUGCUUCCUCCUCAGAUGACUUUAAUCUGUUCCAAUAACAUUUCCUGACCUUUUGAAGGAUUUCCUAUGGUAUGAAGUAUUGAAUUCUUUGUUGUUUUCUCUGUAAACUUUGUUAACGCUUGCUGUCUAUUGUGUGUACUGUGUAUGUAUGAUAAUGAUUCAUAUCACUGUUACAGAAAUUUUUUUUUAUUGGUUUGUAAUUUUUGAACAGUUGUUGACAGUUAAGUUUUUUAUUUAUUGACAAGGAUUUUUCAUCUUAAUCUGUGCUUAUAUAGGUGCACCCAGUGUUAUCAUUUGUGUUCUUCAGUACUGCUUUUCCUACCCAUUUGUCUGUUGCAACAAUUUCUGUUGAUUAUUAUGUCUGUAAAAUUGAUUUUGUACUGUGGACAUCUAUUUGUUUGUGUUGUUCUUUCCACUGUCAUUGUCCAUUGUUGCUGAAUAAUGUUCUGCAAUGGAAAAGGUCUAUUCAAAUAUUAGUGAUAGAAUUUGUUUGUUGAUUGAAAGUUGAGAUUACCUGCUUUCAACAAAGUGAACACAUUAAAAGUUUAUUAAUAAAAUGAAAAUUGUAAUGUGUAAUUACACCAUAAAAAAUAUAAUAAAUGACAAUAGAGAUUUAACAGAAAUAUAAUAAACCAGUUAAUAAAAAUGAAAGUUUCUA